AACGAGAAGCCGAAUUACAAGUGUCCUCAAGUGUCAUAUAUAAUCAGCAUUUAGCUCGUGAGGAUUAUCAGUCUCUCAAUACUUCGUCAAACGCCCAGUCUGGUCCGUGAUGGAGAUGUCGCCGCUGAUGUUGGUGCUGGUGGUGGCGCUGUCCGUCGCGCUGCCGUUGGCCUUCGUGAGCUGCUGCUUGCUCUACACGGUCUUCAGGCAGCAAUUCCGUCGCGACGACACCCAAGCAACUCGAACCGUUAGCGGCAAUCACUGCGUGGUGGACGUGAGCGCUACGGAAGGAGCUUCGUACAGCAAGAAAAUCCUCUUUUCCGACGACUACUACAGGCAGCAGCGACUGAGCGAGCAGCAGGGCCUCCCGGCUAAGGAGAACUUGGGCCAGCGGCUGGAUUCCCAGAGCCUGGGCGCGGCGCUCGAUAGUGUCCGGCAGCUGAGCGCCCGGCUGGAUCAGCUACAGAAGCAGAGGUCGACCAAAAUCGAGCGAUCUCAGGAAAGGAGUAACCACAACAAGAACUUCCGACCUGCGAGGAUCCAGACCUCAGUCAUUCUGGACCCACUCGCCCUCCCUCGCUGUUCCCUUCUUCCGAAUGUCCACAGGGAACUGACCAGCUAGCGGCGGGAAUCUUCAUCUCCUAUCUUUACUCUGUAUUUUGAAAGUUAGUAAAAAGUAAUGACAUGAA